UGCAAGGACAAGAGAAAAACAUUGAAUGGGGUGUGAGCUAGGAGACAAGAGGGUACAUGGUGUUCCUCAUGAGUUUUAAUCAAAACGUUGGUGGUACAUGAAUCUCUCUCUACAAAAAGUCUCAUUCUCCAAGUCUUACUAUAUUAAGACCUUGUAACUGUAAAAUAGUAGGAGAACAUCCUUCCAUACAAAGGGCAGUGCAUUUAAGACUAUAUAUCAAUUAACAUUUUACCUUGCUUGCUAUUAAACCCACUCUGCCUUCCUUCAGAAAGAGGAAAUCCUCUCUUCUUAUUCUUCGCAUGGAGCCUCCUGCUAGAUCAGAGGCUUGUCUCUCUGAAACUUCAAGCAUAAUUUCAGUUUCAAAUGCUCCCCUAUCUCUGAAACCCUCAGUAAUAAUGAAGAGCCAGAAGGAGGCGAAGCAACUUGAAGAAGAUCAAGAAGAAGAAGAGGAAGAAAGGCACCAAGAAGGGGUAGACACCAACUAUGGUCUUGUACUGGAUCUAAGCCUCUCUAGCAAGGAUUCCAAACAAGAUUCGUCAAAACCACAACUCAAUCUCAUCGAUUCUUUCGAUAUGGAUCCAUCAAGAAAGUCCUUAGAUACUCCCCAAGGUAAUGAAACCGAGCCUCGAGUGUUUUCGUGCAACUAUUGUCAAAGGAAAUUCUAUAGCUCACAAGCACUUGGGGGUCACCAAAAUGCACAUAAGAGAGAAAGAACACUUUCCAAACGUGGACAAAGAAUUAGUGCUGCUUCUUUUGCUCUUCUUCAACCUAAUUACUCACACCAAAACGGAUACACUAGCAUGGCUUCUCUUCCUUUGCAUGGCUCCUUCAAUAGAUCACUAGGAAUUCAAGUGCAUUCUAUGAUCCAUAAGCCAUUUAGCACUAGUUCUUCUUCAAGUAUUUACGGGCAAAAUGGAUGGUCUAGAAAACCUAUUGAUCAACAACCUGCAAUUGGGAGGCUUGCAUCAGACAAGUUUCAGAUGGCAACAAGUAUCAAGGGAUCAUCAUCCAGUAAUGGGGUUGCAAGGUUUGAAAGUACUCGGAAAUUUUCUCCGGUUAGUACUGAAGGAAUUGGUGGGUUUUGGUGGGAUGGUGGUGUUAACCAUUUGAAGACCAAACAAGAUGAUUUGCAAAAGCUUGACUUGUCACUCAAGCUCUAAGCAGUUCUUAAUUUCUUUUUUUGUAUUUUUAGUUCAAUCUUUUAUGUUCUUUUCUAUAUAUAUAUAUUUUUUUUUUAUUUCUUACUUUCGUUUUAUUCUUGUUUACUAAAUAUUUUUCAUCAUCUAUUCUUAGUUGGAUCUCUUGUAAAUUCCUUC